AUGUCCGAUUUACCAGAUCCAGCAGUCUCUGCUGAACUUAAGGCAUGGCUAUAUAAUGCAAUUGCCGACUCUAUACCCAAAGCUUUAGCGGCUUUCUGCGAGCAGUCAGUUCCAGCCCCUACAACGACUAUUACCCAGCUGUCAGACUCCGAGGAGUCUCAUGGUUCAGACUGAGAUGAAGUUACGCGCAAGCGCCCCUGGAAGGACGAUAGCACUACCGCCGGUAAAGGCAAAGCGCCUACCAAACACCCUAGAGUUUCCUUUUCUAAACCCAGGGAGGCUGUCUCCCAACAUGAUUUUGACCCACUUGAGGGUUCAACCUCUAAUUAUAAUCUUCAGGUGGUAGAUGAAUACUAUGCAGAACAUUCGGAUAACGAUGCUCCACCUCAUAAGACAUCCCGAGACCUUUACCCUUCUGAUUUCACUAAUGAGCCCUCCCUCAUACCAAAUCAAGAGGAAUUCCAUUUGGAAUCUGACCUAACAUCUGAUCCUAACUUAAAAGAUGACACCUUAUUUGACACCUCUGGCCGCCCUUUAUUUGACCCUAGAUGCAUCAGGCACCCUAGAUCUGCCAAAUGGACACCCCCGACCACAUGCCAAAUACUGUAGAAUGAGUCUCCGUCGGCCUUUAGAAAAAGAGGUGAGAGCCAAAUUGAGGGCAGAAUUCCCAAGUCCCAUUAUCCCGGACAAGGUGGCCAUUACACCUGAAUUCGACCCCUUCCUUUUUACCUUUCUGACCAAGUCAGGGAAAGACCCCCGUAAGGGUCUUGAACAGGGUCUGAGAGCCACCCAAGAUAAACUGAUGGAUGUGGCGGGCCCGCUUAUACAAAUUUUCAUUAUAGCAGACGAGGCUCUAUCAGGUGGCACUUUUGACGCACAUAUGGUGCGAGAGUGGGCACAAAGGGCUUUAUGCCGUUUAGGCAAUGCCAAUUUGGCGAUCUCGACAGAACAGCGAAAGGCCGUCCUUUAUAAAAUCGAUGCCAAGCUUGCCGAAUUGGGCAUUAAAGAACUUUGUCCAGAGGCUCAAGGCAUGUUAUUCGGAGACAAGUUCAUAAAAGAACUAAGUAAACAUGUCUCUGUAUUUACUACGCUAACUAAAGCGCAAUCCUUCAUCCGCAAGGUGUUUCGCACACAACGUUUUUCCGGGAGGGCUGGUCGCUACAGAGGCCAAGCGACUGGCAGAGCCGCCUUCACAGGCUACAGGCCUCGACCCACAGACCAUUGGAACUCGAUUCCACCACAGGCAGUUUUUCCCCUCUCGCGGAGCUAUCCGAGGACGUGGAUCUGGUUCCCUCCGCGGUUGCACUGCUACAGGUAAUGGACCUUACUUAUUCUCAUAUUCCUAUUGCAGGCCGGUUAACCCUUUUUUUUCCAACAGUGGUCUCAACUCACUCAGGAUCCUUGGAUCCUUCAGACUGUGUCCGGGUUCCACCUGGACUUUUCAGACGAACCGAUACAAAAAUCUCCUCCUAUCCCGAUCAAGAUGUCAUUGUUAGACGAGUCUACUCUUCGGAGCGAACUCAACAAUCUAUUCGCCAAAGGUGUGAUCGAAAAAGUUGUUGGCCCACAGAUCUUCAUAAGCAACAUGUUUCUGGUCAAGAAAAAAUCAGGAGACCUACGACCUGUUAUCAAUCUGAGAGAUCUGAACAGGUUCAUCACAUACCGUCACUUCAAAAUGGAGGGAAUCCAUUUAUUAAGAGACCUACUCUGCGAGGUAGAUUGGUUCUCCCGCUUCGAUCUAAAGAAUGCAUACCUCACGGUGCUGGUAACACCAGCCCACCGCUGCCUCCUUCAGUUUCGUUGGGAACAGGAACUAUGGCAAUUCACCUGCCUCCCCUUCGGCCUAUCUUCCGCACCCUGGUGCUUUACCAAACUAAUGAAACCAGUAAUGGCAUUACUGCAUUCCCAGGGAAUCCAGUCCAUCGUUUAUCUGGACGAUAUUCUCCUCAUGGCGCAGGACCAAGAGACUCUUCACCUUCAGACAGCCAUGACCUCCGCUUUGUUGCAGAACCUUGGCUUCGUGAUCAAUCGCCAGAAGUCUUCUCUCACUCGGUCCCAGACGGUACAAUUCCUGGGAUUCCAGAUAGAUUCUGUUCAGGCAGUCCUACAACUUCCAGUAACCAAAAUCAAAUCCAUAAAAAAGGACAUUCGGAGAUUGCUGAUAUCACCAUACCUCUGCCUGCGAGAACUAGCUCGCAUCAUCGGCCUGCUCUCCGCUUCAAUACAGGCAAUACUCCCUGCACCAUUGCACUACCGAGCAUUGCAACGCCUGAAGACGCAAUAUUUACAUCAGUCGACAUCCUACGAUCAACAGAUCACACUCACAGACGAAGUCUGGCUAGAACUCCAUUGGUGGCUACACCAAAUGGACGCUUGGAAUGGGAGAGCCAUCUUUGUAUCCCAACCCGAUUUCAUCCUGGAAUCAGAUGCAAGCCUGCUCUGGUCCCAUUCGGAACGAGCACUUCAUAUCAAUUGCCUCGAACUAAUUGCGGGCUCCUUCGCAAUCCGAAGUUUCGCCAAGGAUGUCUACAAUUGUUCCGUGGUGCUGAAGAUGGACAAUGUCUCAGCGGUUCGCUACGUGAAUCAUCUAGGAGGUUCCAAAUCAAAGAUGCCUUUGGACCUGACCAAGGAAUUGUAUCAGUUCUGCCUAGACAGGAAUAUCUCCCUGUGAGCAGAAUAUCUACUGGGAUCAGACAACCUCGUCGCAGACUGGUUCUCCCGACAUUGGAGAGAUUCCAGCGAUUGGCAAUAUUUAAUCGUCUCCAGGUCUGGCGGGGCCAUUCAACCUGGACCUGUUUGCGUCUCGCAGCGUGCCUUGCAGUCGAUGCCUUCUUACAGACCUGGCCGAUGUCCGGAGCAUAUGCGUUCCCUCCAUUCUCCAUGAUCUCGUGCACACUACAGUACCUCAAAACUCAAGGUGUCAAGAUAACUCUGGUAACCCCCCUAUGGCGGGCCCAACCAUGGUACCCUUGCCUUCUGGAAAUAUCAGUGGAUUUUCCCCUGCUUCUACCCACCUCCUGUAACCUCCUCAGGGACCCGGCAGGCAACUUUCACCCGUUGGCAAUCCAGGAUUAUUUCCGACUGGUGGCUUGGAGCGUUUCAGGGGAUCUUGGAAUGUCUCAGGCCUUUCGACUACUGCUCAGGGACUCCUUUGGGAUUCAUGGGCCCCAGGAACCAGACGCUCUUACAUCUCCACAUGGCAUCAUUGGAGUUGCUGGUGUUUGGAAAGGAACUUUGAUCCCUUUUCAACAUCUAUAAUUAAUAUUAUCAAUUUCCUGUCAUCUCUGUUCGAUCAGGGUAAAUCCUACCGGACUAUUAAUGUGUUUCGAUCUGCUAUUUCCGCAGCGCACAUUCCUAUUCUGUGUGUAGACUCUUGCGGGGCAUCUGCAUCGCUAGACCUCCGGCUCCCAAAUAUAAUCAAUUCUGGGACGUAGCUCUCAUGCUCACGUUCUUAGAAGCUUGGCCAGACAACGAGGCGCUCUCCCUAUGCCAAUUGUCAGCCAAAUUAGCUCUCCUCCUUUUCUUGGUCUCCUUCCGAAGAGUCUCCGAAAUCAGGGCUUUCGACUUUCAUGCCCUCGAUUUCACAUGGGAAGAGGUGCACUUUCACAUCACUAGACUUUACGGAGAAACCACUUCUCUGCGUAACCCGUUGCAUAAGACACUAUAUCUCUCGCUCUUAGACCACCUACUAGGCUCCUUGUGUCUUAUGUGCAACCACACAAACCAGUCUCGAGCCCUACUAUUGCUCGGUGGAUUAAACGGCUACUAGCUCUGGCUGGCAUUGAUGCGUCCUUCGGGGCUCACUCGGUUAGAGGCGUGGCCGCCUCCUCUGUGUUAAUGGCUGGAGGUUCCCUGGCGGAGAUUUUGUGUGAUGAUCGCUCGUCAUCUCUGUUUCAAGCCUUCCCUGCGAGUUGAGCACUGUUUUUCAUCCUAUCGGAUGCUUACACCGUUACCUACUCAUCGUUCUAAUGGUUCUACGUUUACAUGGUUGACUCUACGACUGUUCGGCUACAUCAAGAAAGAGGAAUUGGGAGGAGCCUGAUGACAGUUUAUAUUACUGUGAUGCAUGCUGAUUGGUUAAACUUUUUUACACUGAUUGUUAACUGUUUCUUUGCUACUGGUAGUUACAGUAAAGAAAGAUAAGCAAAUAUUCGCCUCCUGUCUUUAAUAAAAUUUAGAUUAUUCAGUCACUAAAAGUUAGAAUAAUCCCAAAUUUACAUUUAUGAAAUAACUCCCUAACCCUAUUUCUCACAUUAGCCUUAACCCUAAAUGCCCUAAUUCCCUGUGCUGUAGUGCAAACCUUAACCCUGUACCAUUCUGUAUCGUUAAAUUUAUUUUAUGGAUCUCCUUGAGAAGUCUCUUCAAUCAGUGUUCAUGUGGGUUCUUGAGGUAGGAGUACUGACCAUUGCUGAGCUCUGAAGUGGUACAGCUUGUGACCGGACCUUGAGGAAUCUAUAAAUCUGCCAGGGUCCUGCUUGGCCAUGCUCAGCCACUGCUGUUGUUCCCCAUCCAGACACCGUGUUAUUUUUGUACCUUACCCUUGGGAAUAAAGAUGGUGGCUAAGUGCCAGUUUCAAACAGUAUCCCAGAUACUGCACAAUGUUCAAUUAAUAAGUUAAGGUUAUAUUCCUGCUUACUGAAAGGGCUAAACAGCAGUCCAAGAGAAGAAAGCCUUAUUUUAAGUCCUGAAAUUUAUAUUGUCCUGGAUCCUUCACACACGAAUAGAAUGUUGAGGUUAUGAAAGAUUAAAGUCUGAACUAAAUGUUACUACCUUGAACAGUUAUUGAAAACAAGAUCCCAAAUGAGUGGGCGCAAUCAGGUAGUAUCUUAAAAAGUGACUGGGUUGGUCUUUGUUUAAUGGGCUGUCUAAUUACCUCCAGAACUAGGCAACCUUUGGCACUCCUGAUGUUUUGGACUACACCUCCUAUGAUGCUUUGCCAGCACUAUGGCUGUAAGAGCAUUAUGGGGGAUGUAGUCCAAAACACCUGGGGUGCCAAAGGUUGCCUACCCCUGAUUGUAGUCUGUGGUGGGUUUGGCCAGCAAAUUAAUUGAGUCAUAAAAACGUAGCAUUAUGUAGUGGCCAGCAUGGCACUGGUGUUGGCGAUGGUUCUUUAAGCCACUUGUUAUUGCAGAGGCAUCUAAUGGACUGCAGCUCACUACUGACAGGGAGGAAUGACUUAAAAGGCUCCAACUGUUAAGUGGUGUCUAACAUUGUAAGGAGGAAUGGGAAAAGGAAGAGGGGUCUGAGAUAGCAGGGAGAGUCUGAAUUAAGGGAGUUAAAACGUCAGGGGCAUAGAAAAACUGGGUGGAAGAGUGUACUUAAAUGUUCAAUGAAUCAUCUAAUGUUAUGGGAAAAUCUGUUUCAGAUAUCGACAAUUCAUAUAAAACAUUUCCAGAUGCCUCCACCAUAGAUGGCAACUCCAUACUGUCAAGCAGCAGACACGUUCCUCCUCAUUACCCAACUCCGACCCGCCGAAGGCAUCGCACUACAUUCAGCCAAGAACAGCUAGAGCACUUGGAAACAGCAUUCAAUAAAAAUCACUAUCCAGAUAUCUACUGUCGUGAGGAAUUGGCAAAAAUCACCAAGUUAAAUGAAGCACGAAUACAGGUAAAUAAAAGAAAACAAUUAGAAUAUUAUGUACACGAUCUUAUCUUACUGUGGUGGUUAUGUCAAAAAGGGUUUCUGGACGCUGUUUCCUGGUUUAUUAGGAGUAAAUUCCCAAAAAGCAUGGAUCUCUACAGAACCCAGAGACCAUCUGCUCCUCGCCCAUACUGAUAAUUCUUAAUGUACACUUAUGCCUUAUUAAUUUCAAUUUUGGCCAACUUGGACAGCAAAGAUACGAUGAAAUUGAUGGAGCAAGAGUAAACCCGGCACUCAGUUUAUUAAUGCUGCCCAUGUUCUAAAACUCAUCCAUGAUGAAGUUGACAUUGAUAAUGGGAAAGUUUAAAUUCCUUGUUAUCAAUGUGGCUAAUGAGGGGGUAGUGUACAGGUGCUGUGGAGAGCCCCCUGCUCCUAAAGAGUUUAACAAAGAACCUGGAGAGGCAUUUAAAGCUAACAUAACCACUACACUGAGUUGUACUUGACAUAUUGCUUGGAUUAUACAUUUAAGAAAGGCAUCUGAACACUUUAGAGUAGUUUUGCAAUGGAUACAGAACUUAAUAUAUUAUGUGAGCAAAAAAAAAAAAAGAUAUAAGUUGUAUUAUUUGCUAAAAAGUAUAAAAUGUAACAGAGAAUUAUACAUGGUUGUUCCUUUAAAUAAUGCAUUACUGCAUCCAGCAUGACAAUUAAAUGUAAAAUUAAGAACUUCCCAUGUAUGACAGUAUCCCUUUUAACAAAUGUAUACAUAGUUUACAUGUUGAUGUCUUUUCUGCUUACCCCAUUUAUAUUACAUCGUAUCACUAUUCAUGUUAAUAAAGUGGCAACGCAUUUUACAAAAGUGCUGCACUACCAGAAACUCAAUUUUUUUAAAAAGCUCUUGAUUAUGGCAACGUGUCCAUAUAUGAAAAUGAGCAGCAGUCGGCUCGGAAUGCCAUGUAAUGAAGCUUUAAAAAGAUCUUCUAGUAAAUAUCGCAAAUUGGUGGGAAAACGGAAGGAUCGUAAGAAGAAAAGAAAAUGAAAUCAUAAAAAUCUAAGCGAGAAAUAAAAGUUGUGGUAACAUGGAGAACAAAAGAACAUGUAUGUGAAUGGCUUGAUGUCAGUCUAAAGAGGUCAGGCUGCUCUCUAAAAAUUCAGGCUGUUAUCCUUCCUAUUUGGGCAGAAGAUGCAAAGGUCAAUUUGCUAAGCCUGGUGAUGUAGCCACCUAGCUAGACUGAAUAAUGCUGGUCUUAGUAGUAAGCAUCCUAGAAACCCAGUGAAAAGUGCAAAUAAACUUGGACAAGUUAAGGUUCUAAUUACUUCAUUGACUACUUGUUCCACAAAGUGAAUUAAGGAAAACGGUGGUGUCCUAAUGGACAUAAUUCAUGGUUAUAAUAAAGGAAAAUUUUAUUUUGUAUUUUUUAGGUGUGGUUUCAAAAUCGGAGAGCAAAGCACCGAAAACAAGAACGGACAAAUCAGAAGUCUGCAACUCCCAGUGGCAUGUUAGCUUGCAGCAGUCUAAUGCCUGGCAUGUGCUCCAUGUCCUCUCCAGCUCGCCAGUAUCAGUAUUCACAUGCUCUCAACCACAUUCCCCGCUUCACAUCCAUGACCUCUACCGGCUACCAUGCACCUCCGGCCGUCGGUCAAUUCACGUGUACUAGCAAUCACCCCCAUUUGACAUCGGCUGCUCCUCCAUCCCGUCAGCAUGACGACUGGUACAACUCCCUGCGAUCUAUCAAUCCCCCAAGCUCCGGAUUGUCUUCUUCCAUGAUAACGUUAACACCAAUGGCUGCUUUAGAUCCACCCACCCAUUGGAAUUAG